GUCUGUCUGCCUGCUUCUCACCCUGCUGUUUGGCCAUGUCCCCCCUCCAAGGACUCUCCCAUCGCCCAUGGAUGGGCUGUCACGGGUGCGGGCUCACCCCAGCAGGAGUUCAUGGCAUGGCACAGGCCUUAAAUCAUCACCUGAAGCAGAUUUGCUUUGUAUUCUGAGCUUGGAUUUAAUAUUUAAGCCUACUGAGUUACAAUUUGCUUUGCAGCAUCCCUGCGGGAUCCAAAGGGUGGCUUGCACUGGCUCCAAGGAGCAUCCCGCUGUGGGGACACCUACCCAGGCCACCGUGUCCCUAGCGUGAGGCUGCAGAUGGGGCUACCUGGGACACCAUCCUGCUUGCCAUGCUGGUUUGCAAACCAGGGAUCGGCGUGCGGCGGGAAGGCAGGCUCAUCCCGAUGUGUGGGGCUGGGUAUCCCAGUUGGACCAGAGCGGCAGGUUGGGAUGCUCCACACAGACCCCACGCAAAGUGGAACCCCAAAACUGCAGGGGAUUAAGCCAUUAAACGCCUAUUUUGUGCACAUAGCAGAUGCAGCACAGGAUAUUUUUCAGCAGCUUUGUUUGUUCAAACACCUGAAGGUGCAGAGGAGGAGCUGGGCGCAGCCUUUCCCAGGUGCCUACUGAAUCACAGCCGUGUGGGCGGGUGGGUGAGGACAGGACGGUGCCCUCCAACCAAUAACCCUGAGCCUGUUGCAUCACAGCAUCGUUCCCCUCUUGCAAAGAGGGCAGAGAUUUUUAGCACCUUUGCAAACUUUGCCUCCAGAGAAAUCAUAAUAUAGCAAUGCUGUGGCAUCAACAAGGGGCUGGUGGCCCAAGGAACAUCAGGGCUGGUGGCCCAAGGAACAUCCUUUUAGCCUCAUGGCCACACUGGGUACCCAAAAGCACGUGGCUUCACCCUGGACUGGGAGACCUGAUGCAGUCAGGAGAAUCUUCUGCCAGUCUUCUGUUCCUUGGUUCUUAAUGUUUUACCUCCUCCUUACACGGCGCUGCAGACUUGUGGGUGCAGCCUGCAAAGGAGAAAUAGCUUCAUUAAAAGGCUAAUUAUUGUGAAUCUGUUGCCAAAGGAAGCUUAAAGGUGUGAGCCAAUUACACAUGUUAAUGUGCUUUCGUGAGGUGUGACCGGAGGGUGUAAUUAGAGCCCGUCUGGGUGGACACCCGGUUAUUGGAUGGUAUUUGUGGCCAAAGCCCAUCCGUCAGCUGCAUCUGCUGGUGUCAGUAACGGUGGGAGCGCGUGGCCAAAGCCAGGCUGGUGCAGCAGAGGAGAGGGCACAAGCCCUUUGAGUGCUACUUGGAAAGAUUUGUGAAGAUAGAAAGGAAAAAAAACACCCUGAAUUCCAUUUUUUAUGGCAAAAUGGAUUGGUGGCCCUGGCAUCACUUCAGCAGAGAUGAGCGAUACUUGCUCCUCCUGUUUCAGGGUGAUAAAGAAGAUGUCCUUCUACUUCUCGGACACAGCAGUGCUGCUCUUUGACUUCUGGAGUGUCCACAGCCCCACAGGGAUGGCUCUCUCGGUGCUGGUGAUUGUGCUGCUGUCGGUGCUUUACGAAGCCAUCAAGAUGGGUAAAGCCGUGCUGCUGCGGCGGGCGCUGCUGGCUGUGCCCCGUAACCUCAGUCAGGAGUCGCUGGCGGAGCCGGAGGAGGAGGAGAGCAACAACCCCACGCAGGGUGGUUUCGGUACCACCUCGGCCAGACGCUGUUCCACGUGGUGCAGGUGGUUCUGGGCUACAUGGUGAUGUUGGCCGUCAUGUCCUACAACGCCUGGAUCUUCCUUGGGGCCAUCGUGGGCUCCACGCUGGGCUAUUUUGUGGUGUACCCCCUGCUCGGCCGGGGCUAGGCAGCCCUCCUGGGAUGGUGGGCAACGUGCUCCAAGCCUCCUGCUACACUGUCUGCUGUCACCUCUGCUGAGUCUGUCCUUGUCCCCAUGCUCUGCAGGAUGCAGCAUGCAGGGGUUUGCUCUGCAGAGACCUAAGGGAAGGGGAGCCUUGUGGCCAGCGUGCUGCUGCCACUGUCAUCAUACUCAGCUGGUGGCUGUCCCCAGCUCUCAGGGAGCUUUGACUGGGUGAUGGUGGGGGGGAUGCUGGAUAUUUCCUUUCCCCAUUGCUUUUUGGAGGGCGUUCAUCCUGUCUGGAACAGGUAUGGACCUCUGCUGGGGAAGGGGACAUGUUUGGGACAGGCACCCCUGCCCUCCUGCACCGACCCCUCUUCACACAGUGCCUUCUGGGGAUCACGGGGGCCCUGCUGGCCCCCCUCCCCGCACCCCCCUUUGUGCAGUGCUUCAGGGAUGGGCUCAGAGGAGCCCCUGAGCUAUUGGUGUGGCCGUGCUGAGGGGACUUUGCUGCUGCGGGUGCCUCUUGCUGCUUCCUUGGGACACCCCUUUUAAUAAAAACCAUCUCAGCCGGUGGGCUCCUGGCUUGUGGUGUUGCCGAGACCUCAGGAUGUGACCCCCCCGCAAUACCCAGCGCUGCCCUUCAACCACAGGCCCAGGGGAGUGGAUCAGGAAUA